CAGUGUUUAGUAAACACGGAAAAGUGGUUAUGGCGGAUAGAAAUGAGAAGUUGCUGCUAGAGCUACUGAAACGACCAGGAAAUGGUGAAUGCGUUGACUGUGGGAGUAAAGGUCCAGAAUGGGCAUCUUACAACAUCGGAAUAUUUGUGUGUACUCGUUGUGCAGGAAUUCACCGCAGUCUAGGAGCUCACAUUUCAAAAAUAAAACAUUUAAAACUUGAUAGGUGGGAAGACUGUCAAGUUGAAAGAAUGAAGUCAGUGGGAAAUAUCACUGCCAAGGCAAAGUACGAAGAAAAUGUACCUCCUUGUUAUCGACGUCCAGUUGAAGGUGAUCCACAAGUUCUUGUUGAACAAUGGAUACGUGCAAAAUAUGAGCGAGAGGAGUUCUGUCAUCCUGGCCGACAAAAAUAUGUAUCAGGUUAUAUGGAAGGAUAUUUGAUGAAACGAGGGAAAGACGACAACCGUUAUCAUCCUAGAAAAUUUAUUCUUUCAGAAGCUGAGGAUACACUCAGAUAUCAUGUAAAAGAGAAGAAGGACCCAAAAGCAAUAAUAAGACUGUCGGAAUUAAAUGUAGCAUUCUCACCAGAAAAAAUAGAACAUGCCAAUUCUCUUCAGUUAACCUAUCUUAAAGAAGGAACUACUAGACAUAUUUAUGUGUACCAUGACAGCUCACAAGUAAUAGUUGAUUGGUACAUGGCAAUACGAUGUGCCAAACUGCACAGGCUGCAAGUUGCGUAUCCUGCAGCUAGUGAAUCAGAGCUGGUAGAUCAUCUAACCAAGGACUUUGCAAGAGAAGGUUGGCUGUGGAAAACUGGUCCAAAAAGUUCAGAUUCAUACAAAAAACGUUGGUUUACUUUGGACAACAGAAAACUUAUGUAUCAUGAAGACCCUAUGGAUGCACAUCCAAAAGGUGAGAUAUUCCUUGGGCAUAUGUUAGAUGGCUAUAGUGUGAGAGUGGGUGUUCCACCAGGUGCGAAGGACCUGAAAUUUUCGUUCACCUUACGAACACCAGAACGAGCAUAUCAUCUGUCUGCAGAAACUGAGGAUGACAGAGAUGAAUGGAUACAAGUUAUAACGAAGGUCUUGGAAAGGCACAUGACUCCUCAAGAUAGCUCAGUGGCAUCACGCCUCAUCCGUAAACGGGCAUCUGGAGCUGGAGUACACAUUUUUUCAAGCAGAUCAAGGCCAGAAUCACACAAUUCACCAAAGUCAACACCAGGACGAGACACUCCUCUGAGCCAUCACAGUACAUCAGCUGAUGGACAGUGAGGCCUGUCAUGACAAUAGUAUAACAGAAAACCACCAUCUCAUAAAAUUAUACAGUGUUUUUAAUUACAUAAUUUUAAUUGAAUGUACUGCUGCAAUAUGAUGUCACUCUUAGGCAAUAAGUAUUCUGUUCGAUUCUUUAACAGAGAAAAUUGUGAUAUAAUUGCAGUAUAAGGAUUUUACCUGAUGAGUGAUGGUAUUCAGAAUAUAUAGUAUUAAUAAGCAGUGGUCACACUUUUAGGUGCCUUGAAAUGUUUUUGCUUGAAAUAAUUUUUAAAAGAUCAUUUGGCACAGUCACAGAUACACUUCUUAUUAGAUUUAUGUUUUAUGCCAUUUUCACUGCCACUUUGUAGAAAUAAAUGAAGAUUUUUUAGGAAGUCAAACUUUAGUACCUAUGCAAAAGGUUGUUGAAACAGUUUAUAUUCAUGUAGGAAACAAAAUACUGUUGUUUUUAAAGUAACACAUCUCUCGAGUCUUGGAGAUGAAAAUUUGGUCAGUUUUAGUUGCUAACUGUACACUUUUUAUACCUUAAACAACUGACAAUUUUAUAUUUAUUGUAGGGAGGAUUUGUGUAUAUCUCUCUCUCUCUCUCUCUCUCUCUCUCUCUCUCUCUCUCUCUCUCUCUCUCUCUCUCUGUGUGUGUGUGUGUGUGUGUGUGUGUGUGUGUGUGAGAGAGAGAGAGAGAGAGAGAGAGAGAGAGAG